UUAAGUUUUAAUUAGUAAUUUUACUUAGUUAAAUUGCAAUAGAAAGUUCAAGCUCAAGUGUUAAAAUGAGUAAUCCUUUCUUCUUUAAUAAUCGAUUGAGUCAAAGGCGUUUCAGCUACGCUCAACAAAAAUCACGAGGAUCAAAGUCAGCAAAUUCUAUGAACUUCACUGAUAACUUUGCCGAUAUCCCGUUACACAAUUCUACAAUGAAUAAAUCCCGAGGACAAUAUUUGGUUCGAAGCUUUAGCAACGCGUCAGUUGAUAUGAAUUCAAAUGCAUUUGAUGCACAAAGUCACUCAUCAAACAAUAGCACCAAUCAAGAAAGUAACAAGCCAUCUUUUUCGUCACUUUUCACAAGUGUCGCUAAUCAAUCAUCUGAUAAUAUCAAUCAUAAGUCAAACUCUGAUCAUUUAUCCUACGAUUCUUCAACUCAAGACGAUGAUGGAAUUUUUCUGCAAAUUUCAAAUCUUGAUCAAUGGUAUGACGAAACAAACUUGCGUAGCUACUUGAUAAGUCAACUUAAGCCAAUUACACCGAUUCUGUCUUUAAGCAUCGAAACGCCAUCAAUUGCUAAGGUCAAAGUACCUUCAAUGCAAUUCGCCAAACAAGUUGUGUCUCAUCUUCAUCGUAAGAAAAUGGGCCACAAACGUAUUUUCGUGUCCUUUAUGAAGGACAAAACUUCUGCAGAGUGUUCAGCUUUACGCAACAAAGUAGCAGGUCUGCUUAAAGAUGUUUCAUCACAUCAACUUCCAAUGUCAAAAUUCCGUGAACUUUUCCAAUUUCGAUUUAAAUCCUCCAUCAGCAUUUUGGAUCUUUACCGAAUGCCGGAAAUUUGCGCAAUCACUGUUAAUAACAAUGAUGAAAAGUUGAUAGCUUUACAACCAGAAAUCGUUAGUAAGUUGGAGAACGAGAUACUUGUUAAUUCCAAUCAACACAGUGCACCAUACUGCAUUUAUCAUUUCAAAGCUGACAAGAACAAAGGAUGGGCAGAAAUUGAGAUUGAUCCUUUACCUUACACAAUGAUGGGAAUUACACAAGUUCAAAGCAUGAUUCAUUCCUUAUUAAAAUCACAUCAAAGCGACAUUCCAAUUGCAAGUUUGUUGUUUUGUCUUCAAUCAGAACUCAAUGUAACCAUUCAGCCAAAUGAUCGUGGAGUUUCUUUAGAGCAUCUCGUCAGUUGUGUUCCAGGAGUGCAAAUUAAAAACAAUGAUUAUGGGAUUAAAGUUCUCGUUUGGAGUGACGAAUCAACAAGUGAGGACAUAAACUUGAAAGGUCUCAGUUUAACAUGCGGUGAUGCAGCCGAUAAUGUUUCAAGAGAAGUGAUUGAGCUCAUCAAAAUGUGCCCGAAGUCAACAAUGACUUUCUCCAAGUUUAUUCCAACAUAUCAUAAUCACUUUGGGAAACAAUGUCGUGUUGCUGAUUACGGGUGCACAAAAUUAAUUGAACUCUUUGAAGCAAUGUCUUCGAUUGUGCAGGUCCUUGGUGAUGGAGAAUCUCGUCAAAUAACUUUAACUCACCGCACACAAAUUCGUCGAUUCUCCAACGACUUGUUUAAGAUUCUUCGUGCUCAGCCGAAUAAAUCACUUCAUUUGUCAAUGUUAUCGCAAGCUUAUCUGGCAACACAUAAUCGAAUAUUUGAUGUUACUGAUUACGGAGUUUGUGAAAUCGAUGAUUUACUUGAUAGCUUGCGUAACAACAGUUUCAUUAUGGUAACAAGAAAGAGAACCGAAUCUGAUGACGUUUGCAUGUUCAUCCAAAAGAGACGCCAAACCAAUGUUGAGAUUGAAAAGACUUCGGUGUUCGCUGGUGAAGUGGUUGAGUUGUUGCGUAACGCUUCUCAGUAUUCGAUACCAUUCCGAAUGUUUGUCCGAUCAUAUCAUUAUUACUUCGGCUUUCAAUGUAAGCUUAGUGAUUAUGGAUUUUUACGUCUUGCUGAGUUGCUUGAGGCACUUUCGGGUACUGUAGAAAUGGAUCAAAGCAACGAAGAGAACCGAAAGAUUUUUUUAUCUCGUAAAAUGGCAUUGCGCGUCUUUUCUGAGCAGAUUCAAGACGUUAUCAAAGGAAUGACUGGACAUGCUAAUAUGAUGGUGAAGGUAGAUGAUGUUAUGGAUAUGCACAAGAACAAUUACGGAUAUCAGAUGCAAGGAUCAUCACUCGGUUAUGAAUCUGUGAUUGAUGCAUUGAAGUUUGUGCCGUUUGUUGAACUCAACAGCUUUGGAAAUGAACUUUGGAUAGUUUCUCAUUUAGAAAAUGAAAAGUUUCGCAAACGUGCAAUGUUAGCAUGCAUCGCAAUCAUUGAUAUCGGCAACAAAGUUCCAUUGUCAAGAUUUCAUUCCGUUUUCGGUGAUCGUUUCAAGUUCAACAUUUGCGAGAAAACUUUACACGCAAUGAAACAUGCAGUUGAGAUUGAGAUGGUUAAUGGCAUUAAAAUGAUUUCAAUUUCGAACAUGAUGAAGUUUAUGAUUCACGUCGCUAAUGUUCUUGAACAGAAGAAACGAAUAAACAUCAACGAAUUGAAAUCGAUAAUGAAACUCAAUUUAUCAACAACAUUCAACUUUGGUUAUCCAAACAUCUCAACUUUAUUUCAAGCUUUUCCUGAUACCUUCAAAGUCGUUGAUGAAAAGCCGCUUCACGAGCGAAGUGAAAUUGAAUUGCAUCCCGAUUGUCCAUUUUCGCCAUUGGGAUUGAAGAAAAUGUUGAAUAUGAAGCAAAUACAAAUGCCAGAUGAAAAGCCUGACAUGUUCAUGAAAACAAACACACAACCAGAUCAUCUUCCAGCUACAAUGCGAUGCAUUCAGAAGCCGAGUCAAUCGUCAUUAAUGCAAGAACAACAAACUUCAAAGUUUAAUCCACAACAAAACGAAGAAUUCUUCAAUCGAACAGCUUUAAAUAAUUCUAAUGUUGAACAAUUGAGUAAAAAUUUCAAUAGAAACAAUCCUUUCAUGAUGGGUGAUGUUACUUUGAGUACAACAAUGCCAACUGAUGUUAUGAGUCAAAUUCUAAACAAUUCUUACAAUCACAAUAAUCAAUAUCAACGUUUCAUGUCGUCGAAUCCAUUCGAAGAUUCAUUCUCAACCAGUCAAAGCUUCUAUGAACGUAAUUUAAAGUUUCAGCAGCAACAGCAGUUGCAAAUGAUGAAGCGAGAUCAUUUCAACAGCAGUGGAAUGUCUUCUGGAGCUUCGCAAUCAUCAUCUUUGGGAUCGUCAUCACUUUCUGCUUAUGAAACUAGCAUGCAACAACAGCAACAUUACUCGAUGAUGGCUCCGCCGUUUCAUAGUCGCUUCGAUCCACCAAAACCAGACACGCCACCUUCAAAACCCUUGUGGCUUGAUCCGGUAUGGAGUUGCGAUGUCAACAACAAUGUUAACAGUAAUAGUCAUAAUAAUAAUUCAGGAAAUUCCGAAGCGCUUAAAGCCUUCAAUUUUCACGUUGUUUCGCCGUUCAUGUCGUUUAAAACCAUGUUUACGUUCGACAAUCAGAAUCAGAAUGUCGGCAACAACAAAAAUAGCAGCAGCAGCAGCAACAACAACACAAACCAGAAGAAGUAAAGUUUGAUGAUUUGAUUCUUCAACAAUGCCACAAAAAUAAUUUCUUAUUACUCAUUUCACAUUUGUUCUUGUUUAUAUUAAUUAUACUUUUUUUAAUUUGAAUAUUUUUUGUAUUUCUUUUAUUUUUAUGUUAAUCGAUUUUGUUAACUAAUGCAAUGCAUUGCAAUCUUUAAGGUUGAUUGAAAAGAAAAUGAAGAAAAGAAAUUUUUAUUCAUGUUGAGAACUUUAUUUCUGUAUUGUUUUCUUAAUUCAUUGUUGAAUGAGUGGGAAUAUUUAUUAAAAAUAAGAUUUAAAUACGUAAUUUGAUUAUGAC